AUGUUAGAUGUACCAAUCCCAAAUUCACUUGACCAGUCAUACAAAAGUUUAUCGGAAACCUUUUCUGAAUAUAAAUACAGUGAAGAUUUCGACGUAUCAACACUAUGUGAUCUAUUUUUAGAGUCUGGACCAAAUCAAGGAUGCUACAUAGGAGAAUGGGUAAAUGACAAAAUUGAGGGAAAUGGUAAAGUGCAUUUUCCGUCUGGAUCGUAUUACGAAGGCAAUUUCAAGGACAACAAAAUGGAUGGCAUAGGUACAUACUACUGGCCUAGUGGACAUAUUCUAAAAGCAGAAUUUGAACAAAAUAAUAUUCGAGAAGAUUCCUUGAUUGAAUUAAUUGAUCCAGAUGGAAAACAAUGGACUGGACGAUUCAAACGACAUCAGCAUCAACAACAACAACAACAGCAACAACAUAACAACGAUAAAGUGAGAAAUCAAAACAACAAUGAUUCUUAUCAAAAUAACAUAAACAGAAAUAAUUUGACAGAAGAGAUAGCCUCUAAAUCUAUCUUCGAGACGGAAUACAUCAGCGAAUGCCAAACGAAAGAGGAAAAAGAAAGAGAAGAUCAAAUAAACAAAUUAAUUAACGAAGAUAAUCACUUAAAUCAAUUUGAGAAUGAAAAUGUAUCAUCAUUCAUUGAUUCCAUAUUUAAUUCAUUCAAUGGCAAAUCAACAUGCAAUAACAAGAAUUUCAUAAAACGUAACAUUGAAUUGGUAUCCCGUUGGAAAGAUAUAAUUCCAAUGACAGAUGAAGAUAAAGCAAGAAUUGAAGAGAUCUUGGCAGAUGAUGAUGAUGAUGACAAAAUGCAAAUUGUGAAACAGAAUGAUACACAACAAAAUGAAUUUCAUUUUAAUGAAUCUAGUGAUUUAUCACUUCAGAAUACUGCUAGUUUACCAUCAAUAGACAACAUGCCUAGUAUACUACAUUUGUAUUCAAAUGCAACUAAACAAAAUGGGACAUAUUCAAUACUAAAUAAUAAUAAUAAUGAUGACAAUGACCACAAUGCCCAAAACAAUCAGUCUGAUUCAGUUAAUCAAUUAAUGUUGAAAGCAAAUCAUCAACAUGUUGUAGAUAGUGAAAUACUUGGAAUUUUAUCUCGUCUUAAUGAAAUCGAUAAACAACUUGAACAAUUUCAAAUUCAAAGAAAAGCAGACAGUGGAAAUAUAUCGGAAAUAUCGUCUUAUUUAAGAUCAACUGAAGAAGAAAACCAGAUCCUAAGCGAUCCUAUACGUCCAGGAGAAUAUGCACUUAGUACCUAUCAAGAAACUCGUGCUGUAAAAGAACGUCUCAUUGAAAUCGAAACUCAACUUGCUAAAAUUCAAAAAACUAGUUUUGAAGAGCUAAGUGCAAUUUUAUUUUUAACAUGUUACACAAAAUUAUGGAGCAAUUCAUCGAGCAAUAUUGAACAAUUAACUGUUGAUUUGAAUGAAUUAACGCCAAAUGAUUAA